AUGUCCACCAACAGCGACUCGAGUUCUAUCGAACGCUCCUUCUAUCUCCCGGAUCUCCUCUCCCUUUCUGCGCCCUUCGAGAGCUCGAAGAACCCGCACUAUGUGCGUGCAUCAGCCGAGAGUCGUACUUGGCUGGCCCAGUACAUGCACAUCUUCGACGACCAGGAGCGAGCGACCUUUGGAUUGGCGUGCUUCGAGCUCCUUGUUGCGAACACGUACCCCAAGGUUCCGUUCGAGGAGUUCAGAACUGUAUGCGACUUCAUCAAUAUGCUGUUUGUGCUCGACGAGGUCAGCGAUAAGCAAAGUGGGGUAGAUGCCCGCAAGACCGGCGACGUCUUCGUCAAGGCAUUGCGCGAACUCGAAUGGGAUGACAGCUCUGACAUUUCGCGCAUGACGAAAGAGUUCCGAGCGCGUCUCGUGCGCACCUGUAGUCCUCGUUCCUUCUCGCGCUUCUUGCAGCACUGCGUGGACUAUGUCGCCUGCUUCGCACGUGAGGCUGAGCUGCGCGAGACGCAGACCGUGCUUGACCCUCUCGGUUACCGCGACUUGCGCAGGGGAAACAGCGCGGUUCGGGCCUGCUUCACCCUGUACGAGUAUGCGUUGGGCAUCGACCUGCCCGACGAGGUGUCCGAGAACGAUACGUUCAAAAGGCUUUACUGGGCCGCUGUCGAUAUGACGUGGUGGGCAAACGACAUCUACUCGUACGACAUGGAACAGGGGAAGGGCCAUGCAGGCUGCAACAUCCUCACCGUGCUCAUGCAGGCCCACGGCUUCAAGCUGCAGGAAGCUAGCACAUACGCUGGCAGGGCGUACGAAGAGCUCAUGCGCACGUACUUAUCCGCCAAAGAAGACUUACGCGUGCACUCGUUUGGCGAUGCACAGAUAGACACAGAUGUCUCCCGCUUUAUUGAUGGGAUAGAGAACUGGUCGAUCGGCAACGCUAUAUGGUGCUUCGAGACUGUGCGCUACUUCCCGCAACCGGAGGAAGUCAAGAAGACCAGGCUCGUGGUGCUGAGGCCCGUCAAGGCAAACGUCGAUGUGCCUUCUAGGAACUGA